AGCCGAAAAUCAAAUUGUCGGUAUGUGCCGCGUGGUCAUCGUAGACGGGGCACGUGACGCCAUGCGAGCCAAUAUUCAAAUUGUGCCUGGGGCCUUGGACCCAACCCUUGGAUCCCUCCUAAUCUCCGUUCACACAGCUUGCUCUCUUACUUCUUGACCACCACCAGCGAUGCCAGUCGCUGCAAUCCACAACAUGAAGCCCACUGACGACCCAUUCGACGAGGCACUCAAGCCACCUAUUGAUGAAUCGCCAGAGGACCGCGAGCUACGUAUCGCCCGGGAGGAUGAGGCCCGGAGGGUCAGUCUUGCCAUCGACGCCAGCAUCAAGGCAGAACGUCAGGCGCGGCGGAAGAAACGGAUUGUGAGGCUGCUGUUACUCGGUCAGAGUGAAUCUGGCAAAUCUACCACCCUUCGACAGUUCCAACGGCUGUACACUCCUACUGCCUUCCGUGAAGAACGAAUCCUUUGGCGGGCUGUUAUUCAGCUUAAUAUCGUCCGCUCAAUACGAACUAUUCUCGAUGCUGUUGCUCGUCCAGCUUCUCCAUCAACUUCACCUACUCGCGGGCACCGCAGGAGCCCCUCCAACAAGCGUAAGGCUUCCCAUUCCAAAGGAGGUUCCAACGAUUUCGUGGCCUUUAGCCAAGACAGCUCUAUCGACGCUCGCCUCGAUUCGGGCAACGAGUCAGAACCGGACUCAGACCCUGACAACCAUUUCUAUCGUUCACAACCUGCUCUACCGCCGCCUUCUUCGAGUUUUGACGACCUACGAAUGCGUCUCCUACCCUUGAAACAUAUCGAACAGCUUCUGAUAGCGAAGCUCGUCCCGCCUGACGAGGACGAGGCUACACAUCUUGCUGGUCCCUCCCAUUCUUCGUCAGUACGUACUUCGGAGAUAUUCGUCCGUCCAGGGCCCGCGUGGAAGGGCGGACUCGCGCGUGCUAGAGUUCACUACCCUAGUUCUACAAGUAUCGAUACGUCGUCCUCUUCUGGCGGUAGUCGACCCGUCAGUGCGGGUGAUAUUGGCUUAGAGAGUCCUGAUGAGCCUCAGGAAGUCCUUCAUUCAUGUCGGAGAGACAUGAUUCAACUCUGGUCAGAUAAGGGCGUUCGUCGGAUUCUCAAGAAGAAGAGGAUACGCUUGGAGGAGUUUCCAGGAUUCUUCCUGAAUGACCUGGAGAGAAUCACAUCCCUAAAAUAUAUGCCCACUGAUGAUGACGUUCUCAAAGCUCGCCUGAAAACGGUGGGCGUGUCGGAGUACAGAUUCGAAAUGGAGGUUUCCGCUGGGAGGGAUUCAGGGACCGAGUGGCGAAUAGUCGACGUCGGUGGAAGUAGAAGUCAGCGUCAAACCUGGGUACCGUUUUUUGAUGAUGUCGACGCAAUCAUUUUCCUUGCGCCAAUAUCAGGCUUCGAUCAAGUCCUGUCAGAAGAUAGAACUGUGAACCGUUUGGUACGGGGUCCCGAAUUAUCUCCUUCAUACCCCUCACCUGAUUGCCGGCUUCAGGAGGACUCUGUGCUCCUUUGGAAGGCAGUUUGCCAGAAUAAGCUACUUGCGAACGUCGACCUCGUGCUCUUCCUUAAUAAAUGUGAUAUCCUCGAGUCGAAGCUGAAGUCGGGUAUCAGACUGUCAAAAUAUGUAAGGAGCUACGGCGAUAGGGAGAACGACUUGGAUACGGUUAGCAAAUACCUCAGGAGUAAAUUCAACGCCAUACAUCGGGAGUAUUCGCCUAAUCCGCGCAAGUUUUAUGCAUUUUGUACGUCUGUUACGGACACUGCGACUACCGCAGGGAUCAUAGCAAGUGUCCGAGACAUGGUCAUUCGACAGCACCUCAAGCAAUCAAAACUGCUAUGAUGGCCGCUUUCGUCCAUCUCUCUCUGUCUGCCGAGUGUCCGUUUGUUAUCUAUCCUACAUCUUUCUGGCAUAUACCGUUCAUCUACCCACGCCCCAUUACGAUCUUUGUU